UGCCACAAUUCAUACUUCAUGUUCCACCUGAGCAUAUUUCGCUCCUCAGCCUCAAAAUGUAGCACAGUCACCCUCUUCUAUCACAUUUAGCCGCCCAAAGCCAGCAGCGACCGACGUCAGACACGGAAUGAGAAGCAAAACAACAAGCCAAUAUGUCUUCCCCCCACUCCUUUCUGCUAAGGAAACACACACACACACAUCAUCAUCCUUCCACGUCUAUUACAUUCCAUGCAUGCACAUCUGCAGAAUCCACAUACCCGCUUAGUUUCGAAUCUGAUAUUCUGGUUUCUCCCGGCGCCCCGGUAUCUCCGUGGGGUCAUGGAUGUGUGCUGUCACAAAAUAUAGUUUUUUUUUUUUCCUUCCUUCCAUGUUCUUCAUCCUCAGGCUUCUUCCUCCUCCCCCGUCUUGUUUUGUUCUAUUCCAGAUUCUAUGUAAAUGCUUGAUGGACUGUGUACAUCGGUGAUGCGUGACUCCCUUAUGAUGAGUAGGCGUUUCUCCCUCAGUCGCUAGGCUAUGAAUCUAUGAAUCCAAUUCGGCAAUC